CUCGGAAAAGGCAUUAGCACGCCACCGCCUCCUCCACCACACCCAAGCAUUAAGGGGCCGCCAAUGAAUGUAGUCUGCUCGAAGAAACAAAUACAACAUUGGAGACCUGAUGGUCGCGUGACUAGGGAGACGGAUAAGCAAACCGUCACCGAACUUCGGCUUUGUGGCCAAAAUGUACCAGAAAUCCGCUCGAAAUGCAAUAAGCGCUCACAGUUUGCUCAGGUAACGCGAGUUCAAUCGAGGAGACGACCCGUGAAGGCAAUGUCUGAUAUCUGCAAGCAUUGGAAUCAGAGCUUAGGCGCUCUGUUUGAUGAGGAGGCGGUGUACACGCUUCCAAGGUCUUGA